AAUUAUUACCAUUACCCUAAAUCCCAUCAAACCAAAAACAUAUUUAUAAAACAUUAAUCACUUUUCACACAUGUGAAUCUUUUUCUUUUUCUGUCUCUCUUUAAGUUCAAUUCUAUUUCUCUCUCUAUUUCAAACCAAACAGAUUUCAAGAACACAAAAACAGAGUUAAAACUCUCAUCUCUCCCAAAAAAGAUGCCUUUAAGCAACAAUGUAAUUGGUUGCAUAAACUUCAUCACCGUCCUCCUCUCCAUUCCGGUCAUCGGCGCCGGAAUCUGGCUAGCCAUAGGAACAGUAAACUCAUGCGUCAAGCUUCUUCAAUGGCCAGUAAUAAUCCUCGGAGUCUUAAUCCUCUUAGUGGGUCUCGCUGGUUUCAUUGGAGGGUUUUGGAGAAUCACAUGGCUUCUUGUUGUUUACUUAAUCGCCAUGCUUAUUCUCAUUGUACUUUUGGGUUGCCUUGUCGGAUUUAUUUACAUGGUUACCAUAAGAGGCUCUGGUCAUCCAGAACCAAGUAGAGCUUAUCUUGAGUAUAGUCUUCAAGAUUUCUCUGGUUGGUUACGUAGAAGAGUUCAGAGAUCUUAUAAAUGGGAAAGGAUUCGUACUUGUUUGAGUACAACUACCAUUUGCCCUGAACUAAAUCAGAGAUACACUUUGGCUCAAGAUUUCUUCAAUGCUCAUCUUGAUCCCAUUCAAUCUGGUUGCUGCAAGCCCCCAACAAAAUGUGGAUUCACAUUUGUUAAUCCUACUUAUUGGAUAAGUCCCAUAGAUAUGUCUGCUGAUAUGGAUUGUCUAAAUUGGAGCAAUGACCAAAACACUUUGUGUUACACUUGUGAUUCUUGUAAAGCCGGCUUGCUCGCAAAUAUUAAGGUAGAUUGGUUAAAAGCGGAUAUCUUUCUACUCUUGGCGCUUAUCGGAUUGAUUAUCGUCUACAUUAUCGGGUGCUGCGCAUUCCGUAAUGCGGAAACUGAGGAUAUUUUCAGGAAGUACAAGCAGGGUUAUACUUGAUCAAGAUGAGAAGUUUAGUGGCAAAACUGCGAGGAAUUUUAAUAUUUACUGGAUUCCUGUAUUUUAGUUUCUCUACGUUUUGGCCCCUGUAGUAUGUUUUUGUGUGAACUACCUGAACAUUCGUUGUAACUGGAAGAUUAUGUUGUAUAUCUAUCUUUGAUUUGGGUUUGUGAAACUUAACUAAUUAUCUAUUUUUGUCAUAUAAUCUAAUCAAAAACAAAAUUUAGAACAAGGAAAUAGUCAUAAAAACACCAUAAACCACUCACUGUCUAGUCUCAUUGCAUCACACCAAAACUUUACAAGAAGAUAUUGUAUAUAUAUAUAUACACUUACUAGUUGUUUGACUAAUCCAUAGCACUACGUAACACAAGCUUCUUCUUCUUUUUCUUGAUCACAAUCUCAACUAAAUGGAGCUCGGUGAGGAAUUCCCUUCCUUAGUCGCUUUCGCAGAGAACGAGGAGGAAAUUGAGGUGUAGGUGGACUGAGACUCUGCAGAUUUGAAUUACCAUUCUCUGCUCCAGAACUGUUAUUCUCCACUCCAGAACUGUUGUUUGAAUUAUCUGAGUCAUUCGUUGUAUGCUUCACUCUCUUCUGGAAGACUCCAGAUGUUCCUGCAACCUUUUGAUUCAAUCACCACAAAAACACAGAUAAGAAGUUUAUCAGAAGAAAGACUCUUUCCAAUAUUUUA